AAAGCAGAAAAAUAAUAAUGUUGAUUAGAUUAUUAAUUUAUCUGUAUUUAUUUUAUAAAUAAUGUCGAUAUUUGAUAUCUAUUAUGACUAUUUCAUAUUUUCAGUCGAAUAUAGGCGCAAAUAGGUGCUAUAACAAUUGAAUUUAUGCUAUUAUGUUAUUUAAACUUUUGUAAAUAUUCAAUGUGCUAUGUUUUACCGCGCUAUUUUUAAAAAGAAUAACCUGUUGCGCUGGAAGGUAUGUGGAUGUGCAUCUAGGGUAUACUUAUUAUUAGUUGAAGAAUUAAUUAUAUCACAUUUUUUAAGAUACUAAACUAGUUAUCAGUUCAUUUUCAUUGUAAAAUCAGUGAUUUUCACAAUAAUUCAUUAUAGAUAACGUAUAAAAGCAUCUAUAUCUCUGUUUUAACAGAGAUUUCAAACAAUAUUCCAUAUUCAUAAUCAAAAUUCCCAGUGUGAUUUUAUUGACUUCUUUUGAGGUUAGUAGUAGAGGUAUGUAGUAUAAUCAGAACACACUAAUCUCUCCAAUUGAAUAAUGCAUACUUUUAAAAGCUCUAUUUUUCGCCAGAUACAAAAAGUGUUCUCAUAUCAAAGUACAAAAAUGAGCAACCAAGCUCGUGAUAUAUCAAAGACCCUGAAUGCUAACCUAUGGGAUGCUGAUCCAGAAUUAUGGGACCUCAUCAAAAAGGAAAAAAGAAGACAGUUAACUGGUCUGGAAAUGAUUGCAUCAGAAAAUUUUACUACCAUGCCAGUAUUACAGUGUCUAAGUUCUUGUCUGCACAACAAGUAUUCUGAAGGGUUGCCUGGACAAAGGUAUUAUGGUGGCAAUGAAUUCAUUGACCAAAUUGAGCUGUUAGCACAAAAAAGGAGUUUGGAAACAUAUAAAUUGAAAGCAGAAGAAUGGGGAGUAAAUGUUCAACCAUAUUCUGGAUCUCCUGCAAAUUUCGCAGUGUACACAGGUAUUGUGGAACCUCAUGGGCGUAUUAUGGGACUGGAUUUGCCUGACGGUGGGCAUUUAACUCAUGGUUUUUUCACUCAAACCAAGAAGAUCUCAGCAACAUCAAUCUUUUUCGAAUCUAUGCCAUACAAGGUCGAUCCAGUUACUGGUCUCUUGGACUACGACAAGCUCUUAGAGACAGCAAGACUGUUCAAACCAAAAGUAAUCAUUGCCGGAGUCAGUUGCUACUCUAGAGCCUUGGACUACAAGAGGUUCCGUGAAAUUUGCGAUGACGUAGGAGCUUACCUGUUCUCAGAUAUGGCUCACAUCUCUGGUCUGGUAGCAGCAGGUGUGACUCCAAGUCCAUUUGAAUACAGUGAUGUUGUUUCAACGACAACACACAAAAGUCUGAGAGGACCAAGAGCUGGGGUGAUAUUUUUCAGAAAAGGAGUACGGUCCGUGAAUAACAAAGGAGAGAAAAUAAUGUAUGACUUGGAAAGUAGAAUUAACCAAGCAGUAUUCCCUGGAUUACAAGGUGGACCACACAACCACGCCAUUGCAGGCAUUGCGACCGCAAUGAAACAGGCCCAGUCUCCAUCCUUCCUCGCCUAUGCCAAUCAAAUAAUAGCUAAUGCGAAAAGAUUGAGCGACGGCCUCCAAUCAAAGGGAUACAAGGUCGUCACUGGUGGCACCGAUCUUCAUUUGUUGCUGCUGGAUCUCAGGUCGGCAGGACUGACUGGUGCCAAGGGGGAGUACAUACUGGAAGAGGUGUCCAUCGCGUGUAAUAAGAAUACCGUACCCGGAGAUAAAAGUGCCUUGAAUCCUUCAGGAAUACGGUUGGGUACCCCAGCAAUAACAACUAGAGGUUUGAAAGAAGAAAAUAUCGACGAUGUAGUCAAUUUUAUUGAUAGGGCUUUGAAGCUAGCUAAAGAAAUUAGUGCAGCAUCUGGCCCCAAACUGGUCGAUUACAAGAAAGAAGUACACGGAGAAAAGUUCUCCGGUCAGGUUGCUGCUUUGAGAAAAGAAAUUGAACAGUACAGCGAGAAUUUCCCUCUGCCAGGUUAUCCAGAUUGCUGAUCAAUCUUUGGUGAUUUUUAUAGAUCUGUUUGAAUUCCGUUCUGGAAUGGGAUAAUUUAUGCCAUAUUUUUCUGUAUUCAUUAUAUUUAUACCUAGUUUUUUUUUAAUUAUUAAAAUAUUGAGUUUAAUUAUAU